CACAUUAAGCUAACAACAGAAGAAGAAUCCACCCGGCUUAUAACUACAUGCUAGCUGUGUUGUUGUUGACGUUUCCUAACUGGACAUACAAUGACUAUUUUGCCGAGAAACGUCAUCAUUUAUCUUAAGUAUUAAAUAUCCGGUGACGCCACUGAACUCGGAGGAUGAAGGUGAAGAUCCGACAAUGGAACGGCGUGGCCUCGUGGCUGUGGGUGGCCAAUGAUGAGAACUGUGGCAUCUGCAGGAUGCCCUUCAACGGCUGCUGCCCAGACUGUAAAGUGCCCGGAGACGACUGCCCGCUGGUCUGGGGUCAGUGCUCCCAUUGUUUCCACAUGCACUGCAUCCUGAAAUGGCUGAACUCGCAGCAGGUCCAGCAGCAGUGCCCCAUGUGCCGUCAGGAGUGGAAGUUCAAAGAGUGAAGCCACAGCGGUGGAGCAGGUGGAGGAGGAGGUGCUGUUCACCUGCAGAGUCUCUCGGAAGCCUCAUCACAUGUUUGCUUUAUGUUUCACUUGUAAAUACUGUUUGUUUUUUAAAAGAAAUAACGUGAAUCAUAUUUUGUAUUAAUAAUAAAAACAAC